ACGAGUAUACAUAAACGUAAGAUGCAAAUCACGAAAACUAGAAAGAAAAGUACUAGAUUAGACGAAAUAAGAGCGAUUUUUUUGCUGAAAGAUAGCAGUGGUAUUUGACAAAAAAUUACAAGAAAUUAAAAUGAGCAAGAAGGAGCUUCACUCUAUGAAGAAACCACAAGAUCAUGACACUUCAAACCUUGGGACUUCAGCUAGUCUCAAUUCUGUAUCUUCCAACAAACAAGAUAAAGACCUUGUUCAGUCGCCACUAAAAGCAAGUUUUGAAUACCUGAAAGGCGAGAACUAUAAUAUCGAACUGAACUUUAUCGAAGGCGAUGAACAUCCAUUAACAGAACAAGGAAAUCUUGAGGCCAUUUUGAUGGCAUGUGAGCAAAUAAAACAAGACAAGAUAAGAAAUUGCAGAGAUCAAAUAUUCAAAAAGACUUUGGCUUCCUUCACGCCUUUACACGUCGCAGCAUUUUCUGGCAAUGCAGAUACAGCACGUCUUCUUGUACGUGAAAGUGGUAUUGAUAUCAAUGUUCAAGCUUUAGGUCAGCGGACACCAUUAUUGUUGGCAUGCGCUACUGGAAACAAUGAAGUAGCAAAAGUAUUCAUUGAAGAAAAAGCUGAUCCUAAUUUGGCAAGAGAAGAUAAAGUGACACCUCUUAUGCUUUCAGUACUGAUUAACGCCAAAGACAUAGUUGCUUUGCUAAUUGAAAAUGGGGCCAACAUAUCUGCUGAAGCCACAAAAGGGAGAACAGCAUUGCAUUUUGCAGCAGCAAAUGGAUUCAAAAGUAUACUCAAAAUGCUAUUGGAAAACGGAGGUGAUGUAAACGUGGUUCUGGAAGAGGGCUGUUCAAAUUUGCACUUGGCAUCGUUAUUUGGUCACACAAAAACAGCUUCACUAUUGAUCCAGAAAGGUGCAGCGUUGGAAAUGAAGGAUCAACAAGGGUAUACCGCAUUACAUUAUGCUACCCACAGUGAACGAAGUGAAGUGGCUGAAAAGUUGCUUGCGUGUGGAGCCAAUAAAGAUGCUGUGGAUAAGUUACACUUCACACCUUUUCAUCUUGCAGCACAAAAUAAUCAUAUAAAUGUGUGCCAUGUUCUAUUAAAGUACAAAGCGAACUUGAACUCCUUGGCCAAUGACAGAGUGACUCCUCUAAUGCUGGCUGUCUUUCAUGGUCAUUUAGAGACAGUACAGUUUUUAUGUAGUAACGGAAGUGUGUUGCAAGCGCGACACCAAACUGGCAAAACUGCAUUGCAUUUCGCAUCUCAACGAGGACAUCAUGAAGUUGCAAGGUACCUGAUAGAAAAAGGGAGCUACUUGCACACAUGUGACUUACAGGGUUACACACCAUUACAUAAGGCAGCUCAAAAUGGACACAAAAAGGUUUGCAAAGUUUUGCUUGAUCGUGGAGCAAAUGUCGACGCCUCCAACGACAAAGGGACGACACCACUGAUCGUUGCAGCAAAUUACGGUCACUAUAAGGUUGUAAAGUUUCUUGUGGAUAGAGGUGCUGAUAUUAAUGCAAGUCAUUCAUCGGGGACGACAUCACUUCAUUUUGCAGCAGAAAGAGGUCAUUCUGAAAUUGCAAAACUUCUCCUGGAGAAAGGGGCAGACGUGAAUGCCUGUGAUAGUUGGGGACUGUCAGCAUURCACAGGGCUGCCAAAAAUGGCCAUGAAUCACUCGCUGAGCUAUUUAUCAAAUCCAAUGCAAUCAUCAACUCGAAGGACAACUGGCAAUAUACACCAUUACAUCGUGCAGCAGAAAACGGGCACAGCUCGACGGUUGCAAUGCUCCUCGACAUGGGGAGUGAAGUUGAAGCAAGAGACAAAUGGGGAUUCACUUCCCUUCAUCGUGCAGCAUGUAACGGCAAAACUGAAACAAUUCAAAUUCUUCUCUCUGCAAAUGUAGAUGUGAAUGCACAGGAUUCACUGGGGUAUACCGCAUUGCACAGAGCAUCAGAAGGUGGAUAUUACGACACCGUAAAGAUACUAAUAAAAGCUGGAUCUGAUGUUAAUUGCCUUGACAACCAGGGUUUCAGCCCACUUCAUCGAGCAGCUGAAAAUGGUCACCAAGAUGUUGUGGAGAUGCUUAUUGAGUAUGGAAGCAAUGUCAACAGCCAAACGUACACCCUCAACUACAAAGCCUCAGCUCUGUCAUCAUAUGUGAAAGAUUCAAGCGUGGGAAAUCAGUCUGGGAACACAACGAAUGGAUUUAAAAAGGAGCCAAAUAAAACCAAAGGGCCAGCGGCACUUCUUUUAGCAGCACAGAAUGGCCACGAGAAAACAGUGGAGCUGUUGCUAAAAAAGGGAGCAGAUGCAGAGAUAACGGAUUUCUGGAAAUCCACAGCGUUGCAUAAAUCAGCAGAAGAUGGUAAGAUAAAGUCAGCUGAAUGCUUGAUAAAAUAUUUCAAUGAUGUCAAUCUCAAAGAUCGAUGGGGAUACACACCUCUUCACAGAGCUUCUGAAAAUGGUCACUCAAAGAUAAUCGAACUGCUGCUUAGAAACGGUGGCGACAUCAAAAGCGUGGACCAAUGGAAAUGCACUCCGUUAAUUCGCGCCGCACAGUACGGACACUACGAAUGUACAAAGCUGUUAAUCGAAAGUGGGAGUAGCAUGGACGAUACUGAUAAGUGGGGAUUCUCGGCGUUCUUAAGAGCUUGCCAAAAUGGCCAUACCAAAAUUGCCCAACUUCUUCUUGCUUCUGGUGCAGAUGAAACAAAAACAACGCGUGAAAAGACAACAGCAUUAAUGCUGGUUAGUUAUGGAGGAUUUUCUGACACUUUAGAAAUGCUCCUCGAAAGAAAAGCUAAUCCAAAUGCUGUCAUGGAUAAAGGCCUAACCGCGUUACAUUUCGCAAGUCAGAAAGGUCACGCGGCUGUAAUUCGGUUGCUGGCUACGCAUGGUGCCAAUGUGAACGCCGCUGACCAGUUUGGAUAUACACCACUGCACAAGACAGCAUUUCACGGUCACACCGACUGUGUUAAACUACUUCUACGUUUCAAUGCCAGGCUAGAUAUAACUGACAAGCAAGGAUGCACGCCGCUUAUGAGAGCUUCUCAAAAUGGCCACAAGGAUGUAGAAAAAAUCAUAGAAAACUACAAAACCAGAAAAUCUCAGAAAACCUGUCUUUGCGGCAAAAUUAUGUCCGAUGGCGGUGAUAAUAAGGAUUCCGUAUGCCAGGAAUGCAAGCUCAUGGGUCUUUAUGCAGUUUCAUUACCAUUUAAAGAGAAUAAAGACAACAUAGAACAAAAUGAAAGUGCUAUCCAUAUGGUCUAGUACAAACCUAUGAAAGUGACAGGCACAUACUGAUUAGGACUAAAUUAACCUAAAUUACCUAAAUUACAAAAAAACCUAAAUUACGCCGUGUAAAUUAAACCUAAGUCUUUGGCGGGAGUAAGCUAAAUAUUUUUUAAGUUCACUUCCAAAGAACUUUUUGCAGGAAGUCAGUG